AUGUCACACGGACCUCAGUGUAUCUGUCAGAUAUGCACUUGCGGUCGACAUCGUUGUCCUCACGAUCGAAAUGCGAGUAGUAUGAAUUUCGGAGAUGAUUCAAGCGGAUUUCAGCGAAAGGAAUAUGCGGUGUCUCACGGAGAAGGAAGAAGUCCCAUUCAUCGACCGAGAGGAGAAUUGUCUGCACAGAAUUUGGGAGCUCUUGAUUCGAAUAUGAUGACUAGAAGCGAGACUCGUGAAGCAUAUCAAGGAGCCGAUUCCGAUUCGAAGCAUCGUUUUGUCACCUCGGCUGCUUUCAAAAAGAGAAAUCAACAAUCACAGGUUUUUAUUCAAAGCAGGGUU